GGGCUGACAUGUGAAAUAUUCUUGUGUAGAACUAGUGAAUUAGAUAAAUAACUAUAGCGUAAUGUGGGGUGAACAGGGCGGACUGGAUGGCAAAUUUGCGUUGCCAGUAAUCCGCUGGCUUCCCCGGAUCCACCCAUGUCUACACUAGUUCCAAACGUUGCCAGGCGACUCUUCACUUGGUUCAGUGCUCGCAAUUCCCAAUCUUCAUUCUUCAUUCUUCUUCAUCCCUGUUCAACCCUGUUCGAUCUCACUACACGGUUACAGACAGAACUCGAGCAUGGCCGCUGGUUUCCUCCCCUACCAUGAACCUGGAACUGUCGACAUCCUCAUUGUCGUUUCCUUCUUCUUUUUCCUGACCUUUGCUAGGUGGGUCUCCGCAACGGUGAUCCAGGCCGGAAUCAUCGGUCAAAUCGCCGUCGGCAUCAUCUACGGAGUACCCUUGGCCAAUAUCCUUGAACAUAACUGGCAAGAGACUUUUAUUACUCUGGGAUAUGUCGGUCUGAUUUUGAUCAUCUUCGAAGGCGGACUUGGCGCCCGUGUCGACCUGCUCAAGCAGAACUUCACGUUGAGUAUGAUCGGCGCCGCAACCGGAGUUUUAUUUCCUAUUGGUCUUUCAUACCUUUUGCUCUAUCUUGGAUUCGGAUAUGGUGCGGUUGAGACCUUUAUCAUCGGCGCAUCUCUUUCCGCUACUUCACUCGGGACCACCUUUGCUGUGAUCAGCUCUACGUCAGACUCGGUCAACCUCGCGGAGACUCGAGUAGGGUCAGUUCUGGUGAGCGCGGCUGUUAUCGACGAUGUUGUAGGACUUGUUAUGUUAAGUGUGAUUGGCGAUCUGGGCAAACUUUCAGGAGGCGGCGAUAGUGUCAACCUGGGCUGGCUCAUUGGGCGUCCCAUCGUGGCAUCUAUAGGCAUGGCUGUCGUCACGCCCAUCGUCACCAAAUGGGUCUUCGCGCCAAUUUUCCGAAGGUUCAUCGAAUACCGCUUUGCGCGCUACGACCAUAUCUCCAACAUCAUCCUCAUGACUCUUGUGCUUUCGGCUUUUAUUGCCAUCGCUGGCUUCACUGGUACAUCCGUCUUAUUUGGCGCCUUCCUGGCGGGUGUAUUUCUGACAUACAUACCGAGCAAGCACCCCGAGGGGCCAUUUGUUGUCCUGAGCCGUGAGGAGGGCGAGCGCGAGGCGGAUAAAAGUCCCACGUUCAUUCAUACCUUUGAGAAAUACCUGUUAGGACCCCAGCAGUAUUUGAUGGAACCCUUGUUCUUCUCCAGUAUCGGAUUCGCGAUUCCGUUCUUGAAGCUGUGGACCGGGGAGCGCAUCUGGAAAGGGAUUGUUUUCACCCUCCUGAUGACGUUUGCAAAGUGUGUCGUUGGAAUUUGGGUCCCAAUAUGGCAAGUUGCGUUGGGAGCGAAAUCUCACGAAGACCAGAAAACACAGGAACAACCAAAAAUGGAGGGCAACAACCCAAGCGAUGAAGGACAAACUGACCAGGAGACGCGAAAGACAUGGAAACGCACCUGGCUGGCCGCGAUACUUUUAGGAUCUGCCAUGGUAGCACGCGGUGAAAUUGGGCUUCUGAUCAUCGAAAUCGGACACAACGAGACUCCGUACGUCAGUGACGAAGGUUUCUACACUGGCGUCUGGGCGAUUCUUUUGAAUACCAUCAUUGGUCCAGUUAGCGUUGGUCUCCUGGUUAGAUUCUACGCGCACGAGCUGGAAGGAGGGGAUUGGGGAGUGCAGCGUGCUCCACUGCCUACCUCGGGUCCUGAUAUCAGUGGGCGCGGUGCGGUGUAGACGUUUUCUCGAAGAUUACAUGUGGACCGGAAGGAUAUGGCUGUACAUAACUGUGGAUGCGCCGUGGGAAAGCGGCAUGGCGAUUGGUUUUUGAUAUAGCUGACAUACGUACCCCAAAGAUGUCUCCGAAAUAGACAGAACCAUACCUGAG